AUGAAUCUGGACGAAUUUGCGCAUCGAAAGCGGUCUUUGUGCGGCUGUGAACAUGUGUGUGUUGAUAGGCUGCAGCCCCGGUUGUGGCUUACACCCCCUGGAGGUCACCCUGGUUUCGGGUUAAGAGUGACCGCCAUUGGAUCAACAGGGACCCCCUCCGUCCCCCCUCCCCCUCCUCACCCCUCUGGCGUGGCCAUGGGCAGCGUUGGCAGCGGAGUAGCGGGCGAACAGGAGUUUGCCAUGAAGAGCGUCGGCACCAGGACCACGCUGCCCCGCAUGGCACCCCACCACCUGCCCCGUCGCAGCCACAGUGCCGAGCGCGUGCCACCUCCGCUCCUGCCCCCCCUCAUCCACCCCCCAUCGGAGGGCACGGAGGUGGGCACGGAGGAGGGCGGCUCCAGCGACGGGCGCAGCAGCAGCGCCACCUCCGACCGCCCUCCGCCCACCACCAGCAUGGAGUCCUCCAGCGUGCUCACCUCGCCCCCCACCCAGCGCGCCGAGCGCAGUUUCCGCGAGGUCCACCGGGGGGUGCUAGCGCUGGACCUGUGUGGGAACGUGGUGGCCGCCGCCGCCGCCACUGCCAGCAACGAGAAGACUGCCCACCGCGUGCGCAUGAUCACGGGGCACCAGCGGCACAGCCGAGACUCCAGCAAUGCCCACGCUGCCGCCCACGCUGCCGCCGCCAUGGCCGCCGCCGCCCACAACCCCAAACCCAAACUGAAGCCCAAACCCAAACCAGAGAAGACGCCCCCCAAACUCCUGCCGGUCUCCGGGAAACUGGAGCACGUACGGGAGAAGAAUAACUCUGCCCUGGUCCGCCCCUCUGCCUUCAAGCCUGUGGUGCCCAAGAGCUUCCACUCCAUGCAGAACCUGGUGGGGCAGGCUGCAGGAGGAGGAGGAGGAGGAGGAGGAGGGAGAUCUGCAGGAGCAGGAGGAGGAAGAGGAGACAGAGGAGAAAGAGGAGGAGACAGAGGAGAAAGAGGAGGAGACAGAGGAGAAAGAGGAGGAGACAGAGGAGAAAGAGGAGGAGAAAGAGGAGAAAGAGGAGGAGAAAGAGGAGGAGACAGAGGCGACAGAGGAGGAGAAAGAGGAGGAGACUGCUCCAACAUCCCACAGCCUCUCCGAGAGCUGGACAGCCCCCCCUGUGACCCCACCGAUAGCAGUAUGGGCGGCGGGGGUCAGAGUGGCAUGUCUGACUCUGGCAGUACGUCUCUGAGCAGCCUGCCCACCUACACCAGCUCAGGGCCCGCCGCCCUCGGGCCCCUCAGCGCCUCCACCAGCCACCUCAACCGCCUGGGCACACACGCGGGCACACACGCGGGCACACACGCGGGCACCCACACGGGCACACACGCGGGCACACACGCGGGCACACAUGCGGGCACACACGCGGGCACACACACGGGCACACACACGGGCACACACGCGGGCACACACGCGGGCCCCAUCGCCAGCACCAGCGUGGGCACCAACACAGCAGGGGGCGCCACAGGGGGAGGCGUCGGCGAUCGGCCCGGCUACCAGAACGGCCUGGGCCUGUCGCUGGAGAGCAGCCGCUCCUCGUCGGGGAAGAGCUCCUUGACCUAUCAGAGGCUCUGUCAUCAGGUGGACGUCCCCGCCCCGCCCCGCCCCUCCCCCUCCUCUGAUGACAUCAUACAGGACCUUGAGGACCGACUGUGGGAGAAGGAGCAGGAGGUGGUCCACAUGCGGCGGAACCUGGACCAGAGCGAGGCGGCCAUCGUGCAGGUGUUCGAGGAGAAGCAGCGCGUGUGGGAGCGCGAGAUGGAGGACCUGCGGCAGAACUACGCCGGCCGCCUCCACCAGGUGGCGCGCCGCGCCCAGCGCUCCCAGCAGGCCCUGCAGGGUCACGUGACGCGCCUGCAGCAGGACAAGGCCCGCCUGCAGGACGAGAUGGCCACGCUCAUGGCCCAGCGCGAGGAGCUGGAGAGGAAGUGCCUGGACUACAGGAAGGAGCAGGCCGACAUCCUGCCACGCCUGGAGGAGACCAAGUGGGAGGUGUGUCAGAAGGUGGGGGAGAUCUCCCUGCUGAAGCAGCAGCUGCGAGAGAGCCAGGGCGAGGUGACGCAGCGGUCCAGCGAGAUGCUGUCGCUCCGGGGCCAGCUGAAGGAGCUGACGGCCCAGCUCCGGCACCAGGAGGAGGCCAUCCUGGGCCUCAAGGAGUCCUACAACAGCAAGAGCCUGGAGCUCAAGCGCUGUGAGGGAGAACUGCAGAGGACUCUUGCUGAGGUGUCGAUGUUGAGGGACAAGCUGCUGGUGUUCGAGGCGGAGGUGCUGGGGCUCCGGAGGGCGCAGGGGGACAUGGCCCGCAGGGAGCACGCAGCAGGAGGUGCCCGCAGGGAGCAUGCAGCAGGAGGUGCCCGCAGGGAGCACGCAGCAGGAAGUGACAUGGCCCGCAGGGAGCACGCAGCAGGAAGUGACAUGGCCCGCAGGGAGCACGCAGCAGGAAGUCUAUCUUCAGGGCACUGGGCCAGCCGGAGCCCCUCGGACGGCGGCCUGCCCCCGCUCUCCUCCCUCCCCGCCCUGCCCCUCUCCCACCCGCAGUCGGAGGCGGCGCUGCUGAGCCUGCAGAGCGACGAGGCCAAGGCGCAGCGGCGGGAGGCGGGGGACCUGCGCCACCAUCUGCAGCGGCUGCAGGAGGAGCUGCGGGCGGAGCGGCAGCAGCGCGAGCGCCAGGCGCUCAACUUCGCCCAGGAGCGGCACGUGUGGCACGACGAGAAGGAGCGCGUGCUCAAGUACCAGGCGCAGCUGCAGCUCAGCUACGUGGAGACGCUGCAGAAGAACCAGGCGCUGGAGCUGCGCGUGGGCCAGCUGGGGGGGCAGCAGCAGCAGCCCCCGACCUCCUCGUGCUCCUCCUCCUCGCCCUGCCCGUCCCCGGGCUCCACCCCGCCCACCCACGCCAACGCCGUCGCCCUCAUGCCGCCGACCCCCGUCACCAUCCUGCACCCCCCGCCCCUGCUCCUCUCCCCCCCCCUCUCCCUCCCCACCCCCGAGGAGCUCAAGAUGCCCCCCUCCCUCCACCAGCUGGCUCCGCCCUGGCCGGGGCCCUCCAGGCUGGAGCGGAUUGAGUCCACGGAGAUUUGAAGACGUUGGCCAAUUGGUGUUGGGAGAACCAAGAACCCUGAUCGCCACGGAGACCAAACAGCAGCAUGUGUAGCCUUUGUAUCAUCAUCAUCUUCAUCAUCAUCAUCUUCAUCUCCAUCAUCAUCACCAUCUUCAUCAUCAUCACCAUCUUCAUCAUCAUCCACAUGCACUACGCAGGUGGUCUUCUGGUUUGGCCCCAAAAGCCAGUGAUAAGGUUUAUACACUUCGUUUCAGGUGCUCUCUGAGGGUAAAGUUUUGUAUGGUGCUCUAAUGAAUUGUGUUUUGAAGAUUCACAGUUGCCGUCAAAGUUAAAGAAACAAGUAUUGUGGGGGGGUAUCGUCAUAGUAGCAGAGGGAUUGUGGGUAAUAGGCCUUUGGUGUUUCAGGGAAAUGGAGAAUCUACUUCUCCUGCAUAUGUGGCUGCAGUAACCCAAGAUGAGCUCAAGGGGGUGCUAGAUCAGACUUUCAGGAGCUCACUAAGAGACAUGGGGAAUUACUUGAACAAACGUGUUCUUUUAGAUAACUUAUUGGUUUCUUUUGUUAUUUAAAAAAAUGGAUAACCUAAAAGGACAAGUAUGACCAAGUCAGGCACACAAAGACAAAAAAACAACUUCCCUGUUCAACUUUUCCUCUGUAUUUUGGUGUGUUGGGGUUGUUUGACAUAUCAGUGGUUCCAGUUUGGAGGGAAGGCUAGGCAGAGGUGAUGGUGACAUCAUAGAGGUGAUGGUGACAUCAUAGAGGUGAUGGUGACAUCAUAGAGGUGAUGGUGACAUCAUGAGGUAGAAGUUUGGGCCUCCACCAGAAGUGCAUGUAGUACUGCAGGCAGGAAGCCCAUGAAUUUACAUUAAGGUUGUUUAUGUGAACAUGUUUAUUCUAGUAUUACAACAUAUUGUGUGUGACUAUUUUGAAAAUAUAUUAUUAAUAUAAAUAUUAUUACUGCUACUCGUAUAAACAUUCUUUGAUCAUUUUCAUUAUUUAUGUGACUUUAUUAAAUCAGACAUUUGAGUCUUUUAUUUUUUUUUUUGUAUAUGAUGUCUAUAUAUAAAUAUAAGUAUACAUGCACAUUUACAUGUACAUAUAUUUUCAUUCAGCAUCGACAUGACUGCCCUGCUUAAACGGAUCGAUCAGUCCAAAAUGGAAAUUCUAAGAGAAAUUCGCCGUCUUGUGUGUAAUUCUACUUCUGCAGAAUGUGUGACAAACAGACAACAGUUAGACAGCAGCUUGUCCUUUUUUGUCUGAGUAAAUCUCUGGUGACUCACUCCACUAUAUAAUGCUGGAUAAUUCACUGGAUGUUGCACUAACCAGUAAACCUUGUAUGGAUGACUACUGGCAAGAGGUGUGCUAGAUAGAUCAUGAGAGAAUCUUCAUUUUGGGUGGGCGCUAUCCCUUUAAGGACACACAUCAGUUCCUUUUGAUGUUGCCAGAAAUGUGAUGACAGUUACUGUUCUAGAGAGAAAAUGCCAGCGGUGUCUUUUUAUACUUAUUUAUAUUCCGUAUUGUUUGUAUUUAUGUUUCUGUCAAAUGUUUGAUAAGAAGUAAAAAAAAAAAAAAAAAAAACAUCUUCAAUUCAGAUGAUCAUUAAAACAUAACUAAUGAACAGGA